AUGCCGACUGUCAAAUUGAUUUAUAAUAAUAAUAAUAAUAAAAUCAUAUACAGUUGGGAGGGAAAUUUUCCAUUGGCGUUGUCUCUGGAAAUCGGUGAAACCGUACAAAUCAUCGGUGAAUACAUGGGAUGGUACAAAGGUUUCUAUCCGAAAUAUCGAGUCGUUAAAGGUAUAUUUCCAAGCACUUACGUACAUUUGAAACCGUGUAAAAUUGAAAAAAAAGGUUUGUCAGAAUCUGUCAUACCCGUUGAAGAUCCGAUACUACGAGAAGUCACGCAAGUACUUCGCGAAUGGGGAAACAUAUUGAAACAACUUUACGUGAUGAGAGAACAUUAUACGUUUAAAGCCGUUAUAAAAAUAAUGAGAGAAUUAUUAGAAUGGAGACGCCAAUUAUUGACUGGAACAUUAACUCAAGAUCAAACGAGAGAAUUAAAAUUAAAAAUUGCUAAUAAAAUUGAUGGUGGAAAUAGGUGA